UUGGGCAUGGAAGGUGUCUGCUGACUGAGAGCAGCAUUUGAUCAAUUCCUUUAGGAAAAAAAAUCAAUGUUUGAUUGGGAAGGGGAUGCAGUUGUAUUUUAGGAGUCAUGGGAUGAAGGGACUUACAGAGUAAGGUGUGAAAAUGGGAGAAAAAUGGGAACAAACAUAAGGCUUUCUUGGAUGUUUGCAAAUAUUUUAAGGAAACCCAUUCUAGAUGUGAUGGGAAUUAAAAAAAAAAAAAAAAGGUGGAAAAUACAAGUGAUUCUCUCCGGUUCAUAUUCUAAGGAAAACAAUACAAGACCUGACAUGGGAAGAAAUUCUCAGGAGGGACAGAAACCUUAUGAAACAAUACUGCCUCAAGAAGUGAACUGGGCACGAGCACACAACAACAUUUCAGUGAGCCAAAAUCCUGGAAGCUGGAACUACACAGGUGUCCCACUGUGCUGGCAAAUCGGCCAGGCUCCUCCCUGGCUGCUGCUGACAGCUCCAGGACACUCCAACUCACCCAGCCAAGGCUCAGAUUGUGCAAGGCUUUCUCAGCAAGUGAUGGAGGAUGGAAGUACCACACAGAGGCAGUGGACCCCAACUUUACACAGAAUUGCUGCAUCAAGUCUGACUCCAUUUCAAGAAGAGAUGAAUUUUUAUGACAGGAAGGGACAAGUGAAUGCCACUGUGUUUUCCCUGAGACACUUCUCCUGCAAAGCCUACAGAGUUCUUUGCUCCCACAUAUGGAUGGCUGCUUGAAAGGAAAACCUCUCUGCCUCUCUGGGCUAUGAAUACUUCCACAUCCUUCACCAGGAAAAAAAACCCACUCUAUUUGUUUGAAACAAACCCAUGUAAGAAAAGGAAGUCCUGAGAGACCCAGAACCUUCAAGACUAGGAGGAGUUUUCUUUGUGAUUGUUCAAUUCUAGGCAUUUAGGAUUGCUAAAUGUGGGUGCCAAGGGAAAAAAAAAAAAGGAAAUUAUAAGUUGUUGAUCAUUAAAGAAUACAAUAGGUAGUGUGAAAAAUGUGGAGUGAGUUAGAAAAAAAAAAUAUAUAAGCGUACAUAAUCACUGCUACUUCUUUCUAUAUGUCAGUCUCUGAGAAUGGUGUAUCUCCACCUCCCAAUGAACAUAGUAUUUGAGCUGUCACUGUACUGAAUAGAAAUUCUGAGGAAGGUGUCAAAGCACAGUGUUGAAAAAUCUAUUUUGCAACUGAGAAGGAAUGAUUUCUGUAGAUGUAGAGUAAAAAAACUACUCUUCAGUCAAUUCACACAUAACCUAAUUUCCAAAACACUACAGUAAAAGCCAGGUAAAGGAAUUCCUAUUCUCUACCACAACUUUCCUUAGCUGAGCAUUAAUUGGGAAAAAUACACAUGAUUUUGAUUAUAUGUGCACACACACACAAACACAGAAAAGAAGCAUUACAGUAUCUUAGAACAGAGGUAAUUUGUGACUCCAAUGUACUGUCUGAGCCACAUGGUCAAAACUGGUUGAAUUCCAUAGAAAAUAUUCUAAACAAAAGCAGAAUAUAUCAAUUAAAAAAAUACAUAUUGCCAGCAGGUGAAAACAUAUCACACUUCUGACUUUCAAAGCUCCAUUACUGUAAAAUAGACACAGGAACAUGCUAAAAGCAUUGUCCUGAGUGGUUCCCUGUGCUGAGCUUGGCUUAAAGUUUAUUGUCCAGGCAGAAUAGAAAGAUCAAGCCCAAAGUGUAGGACAUGAACAUGACUCUUUUCUCCCUCUCCUGAGCCAGAUAGAAAGAUCAAGUUCUUUUAUUUCCAAUAACUGAGGUUCAACACAGACUGUGACUUCUCUCUUUGUGCAUAGAUUUUUAUGCUUCUGUCACCAAGCAGAAUGUGUCAGGACUGAACAUUUGAAAGAAAGGAAUUUUUCAGGUUGUAAGAAAGAGUGCAUUCAGUCCCAGCAGUCUUUAAUGUCACACAUCUCUGGCUUGACUGGUCAGGAUUGUUUUAUGUCCCAGCAGUUUUCAGGAAAUACCAGGUCUGACCUUACUGCAGCUCCCAUUUCCACUGACAGACUCCUCACAGGACAUAACCUGAUUUCUGCGUAGUAAGAAGUAAAAUAAACUGCAUCUGGACUAAGGUAGUAGGUGUGCUGUCAGUUUAUUUAAAACUCACCUUUAGCCCUUGGCAGGAGUUUCUCAGGCUCUGAGGAGUUAUAUCAGGAAUGGACUUCUAUAAAGCAAAAGGGAAAGUAAUUUAGAAAUACGGCAGUGUCAUGGUGCAGGCAAGGUCCUGAAGCCACAACUGCGUUUGGAAUAGUGUGCCUUGAAUUAACAAACUCUCUGACAGCUGGGCUAUUGGGGGUGAUUAACAGCUGUUUUAUGGGUUGCCUGCCUCAUUCAGUGCAUAUGUGUGCUGAGGGGCUGCUGAAGAGAUGUAGGAGAAUAAAUAAACUCUGGGACUGAGGAAGAAAAACAUCCUCUGUUGUGUUUUAAGGGGCCCUGAAAUUCAUGUAACAUUUUGAUUAAUUACUUUAAAUGUACUUAAAAAAAAAAAUUAAAAUGCCCACCCUUUAAAGUGGUCUUUAGUGUGACAAAAAUAAUGACAUGGCAAUAAACCAGAAAAUUGUGACUUUGUUGUUCUGCUGUUUUAUCAUUCAGCAGAGAAAAUGAUGAUGAGUGCAAGAAUGCACAAAAGAGGCUGGAGAAUCUUGGCUGAGCCUCCAUUCAUAAAGCUUUAUUGAAAUACAUGUCACGGAAGUACAAAGCAAGGUAAAAUAUCUCCCAGGUAAAAUAUCUCACAGCUAAAUCAGGCAGACUGAGAAAAAGUCAUUUCACUGGAUAUUAUCUAGCACUGCUAACUCACAUGGCUAAAGAAUUAGAGUUUCAGUUCACCUGCACAGAGUAGUUACCUGCUUUCCUCUUUUACUGGGGGCCUGUUAGCCAUGCAAUGAAAGUUAAUUGAACUCACAAGAUUCCUAAGCACAGCUUCUCUGGUUCUGUUCCUUUCCUCACUUACUCUUCAAUAAAAGGGCAGGGGGAAUCGGUUUUUAGCAAAUGGCUUUUAUUCAAGAAUUUAUUUCUUAAACGGUAGGUUUCUAUAUUUUUUUCCUAGUUUCUCUUCUUUCAAU